AUGACCACCGGCGUCCUUGCUAACCCGCUGGGCAAUCUUGCCGUCUCGCUACACCAGACCAGCACGUCGCCGCCGACGGUGAGGGUCAGUGUGGCCAACCACAACAAGCAUCCCGUCACCAUCCUGUCCUACCAAUCGCCGCUCGACAAGAUCGCUCUUCCUCUCGGCCUCUUGUCCGUUUCACCCGCCGGCGCCUCGAAGCCCCUCGACCUGCCCACCAUCGAGGUGUCGCGUGAAUGGCCUCCGCCGAAGGAGGCCCUCAUCGUCGUCCCGCCCAGCGAGAGCGUGACAAACGACUUGGUGCUGCAAAGCCCCCAGGUUCCCAUGGAAAUGCUGGGCAGAAAGGCGGCCGUGGCCCUCAAGGGCCGUUGGAUGGCCGUCUGGCCGCGGGACAGGAGCGAGCUCAGCGACGAGGAGAUUGAUCACUCGAGCCGCAGUGCCUCCUCCGGGGAGUUUACGACGGACGACCUAGAGAUCAUCAUUGGGUAG